UGGACGGACGGAUGGAUGGAUGAAUGGCCUGGCAGAUGGACAAAUGGACUGGACACAAAACUCAAGCUCGUUUUGACCGGAGCCUUUCCUCAAAAGCCCUACGGACACCAAUCUCCCUUUGGUUGCUCCUUCCUUGGGAUUUCGGGAGUUCCUGACUCGCUCACUGCCCACAUCCCCACCUGAGUCCCUCACAGGUGAAGUCUCCUCCUCCACCCCAAACAAGAUUUCUUUGUGGGGUCAACUGGGUUAAAAAAUAAUUUUUAAACUCCCCCCCAACAAAGCCACGGCUGAGCUCCAUGGCUGGGGCUCCCUUGGCACCGGGAACGGAUCCCGACAUCCGGAGCAUCUGUGCCGGGGGGCUCGGGGUGGCGGUGGGGAGGGAGGGAGAGGAAAUCUGGAACCCAUAAGCUCCAGAGCCGCCGGCGUUCCCCUGCAUUGGCCUGCGCCUGGUCCGCCCCCGCCCCGCUCGCCCUAUCAGCAGGAGCCGCUCCCGAAGCCAUCCCGGCUCCCUCCUCUCCUCCUGGCCCAAAGGAAAAACCAAGGAGCUCCUUGGAGGGCUCUGCGGGGCUUUGGGGCGCCCGGGGAGCCCCGAGGGCGCGAAUGCUCCGGGCCUCUCCUCGGGAGCCACCGCCGGCUCCUCCUCACCCCGGCGAGCCCCCGAGGAGAUGAAGGAGGAAAACCUUUCCCCGGAGUCCCCCGAGGGCAGCGCGGCCACCAGCGAGGACGAGGCCGAGCGGGCGCCCAGGAGAAGCGGCCGCAAGCGAGGGCAGGGUCCCGGCGGAGCCCCCUCGCCGCAGGGCAAGCGCAGCCGGCGCAGCCCGGCCCCGCAGCCCCCCGAGGACGCCCACGCCCAGCGCGUCAUCGCCAACGUGCGGGAGCGCCAGCGCACCCAGUCCCUCAACGACGCCUUCGCCGAGCUGCGCAAGAUCAUCCCCACGCUGCCCUCGGACAAGCUGAGCAAGAUCCAGACGCUCAAGCUGGCCGCCCGCUACAUCGAUUUCCUGUGCCAGGUGCUGCAGAGCGACCAGCUGGACCACAAGGUCGCCACCAGCUGCAACUUCCUGGCCCACGAGAGGCUCAGCUACGCCUUCUCCGUGUGGAGGAUGGAGGGCGCCUGGUCCAUGUCGGCGUCGCACUGAGACGGGUCUCCACCUCGAGCUCCAGCGCCCAAAAAAACCUCCCCGGAGAGAGGAGGGAACCACCCCCAACCCCCCCGACAGCCCCGAGGACCCCCAAAAACUUCAGGGAGGAGCCGCAGCAGGAGCGGGUCCGAGCUGGGCGCUGCCGGAGGAGCUCGGGGCUGCCUUUUAUUGCGGGCUCGCAGGUAAGGAACGAUCCCGGGCUCCUGGAAUCCUUCCCGGAGCCUGCCGGAGCCGGGAGCAGGCGGGAUAAUCCCUCCAGGAAUCCCUCCAGGACAAGGGGAAGGGGAAGGGCCGGAGCCCCCCCAUGCCAGCUCUGAGGAUUUCGGGGGUCCAGGCGGGAAAAUUCCUCCAGGACGAGGGGAAGGGGAAGGGCCGGAGCCCCCCCGUGCCAGCUCUGAGGAUUUCGGGGGUCUCUGCGCUUUUAUCCCGCUCCCAAGGCUCUGCCCCGGGAUGUUCCCAUGGAUUUUGUUCCCACGGAUUCGGGGGGAUUUGAGGGGCUGAGGCACCCCCAACCCACCCCUGCCUCAAAAUCGCCCCGAUGGAUUCACCCAAUUCCUCGGAAUUCAUCCCAAAUCGAGGCUGGACACGGACCUGGAGGGAUUUUGGGACCUCUGAGGGGGUUUGGGCUCUUUUGGGGGCGGGAAGGGACGAUGGAGGUGUCGGGGUGCCCCAAAACGACCCCAAAUAAAACCCAGGGGAAUUUUCCAGGGUUCAAUCCUCGUGUCCCGCCCGCACCUCCCUCGGCCGGGUCGCUUUUAUUGGAAUCAGGCAAAAGAAAAUCGGGAUUUUUUUGCCUGUUAUGGCAGAAAAAAAGGGGAAAAAUCCCUUCCAGGGAGGCUGCAACAGGCCUGAGCCCCCAAAUAUUCCAGGGGAGAGGAGUUCAGAGUUGGGGAACACCAGAGAAUCCACGGAGGAGCCACAGGAAGGCCCUGAGUGAUUUUUUCUACCCAAAUCCCAAUUUUUACGUGCAGUGGGAAUGGAUUCCCUGCUCCGGGGAGUCGACUGCAGCCUUCAAAAAAAUCUGGAUGUGCUUAAAAAAAUCAAAACUCGGUUAAAAACGGGGCAGUGGAGGCUUCGUUCGGCGCCUCACGGGAAGGAUUUUACAGCUGAGAAAGAAAAUCGGCUUCAGAAGUCAAAAUCUUCUUUCAAAAAUCAAUAAAUUGUGCUUGAAAAAUAAAAGGGAAAAACCUCUCUGUGGAGUGAGACUGCGGCUUCCAACCAAAAUUUUUUUAUAGAAACCUGAAAUGUAUUUUUAAAAGAUGUAUUUUCAAGUAUUUUGGUGCGUCUUGUUUUUUUGAAAAAAAAAAAAAAAAUCCUUGCAUUUUAAAUGAACAAAAUCCCCUUAAAAUGAGAAAAAAACCCCUUAAAAUGAGAAAAAACCCCCUUAAAAUGAGAAAAAAACCCCUUAAAAUGAGAAAAAUUUAAUCCUAAUGACCCUUCUGACCUGCUUUUUUUGGGGAAAAAGCCCCAAAAAUGUCUGUGUAUGGUGGGUUCCAUGCAGGAAAUUCCAGCAUGAAUUUUGGGAAUGAA